AUGUUGCCUAGAAAAUAUGCAUCGGGUAGUCAAAAAAGAAAUAAAAGAAAACGAAUUGAUGAGGUGAUUAAAACCCAAAAAGGAGCCAUUCAUAAGUUUCUUAUACCUAGUUCUAGUUCUUCGGUGAAAGAAGUUGAUUUGAUUGAAAAUGAAGAGGUUGAUGCUACUAUUGAAAAUGAGAAUGAGAAUGAGAAUGAGAAUGAGAAUGAGAAUGAGAAUGAGAAUGAGAAUGAGAUUGAGAUUGAGAAUGAGAAUGAGAAUGAGAAUAAGAAUGAGAAUGAGAAAUUGCAUAUAGAAAUUGAUGAUGUUGCUUUGAAUAUAUUUGAUCCAAGAACUUGGGAUAAUAUUGAUAAUAAAACUAGAGAUAUCUUGAUAGAGAAAAGUCCCCUAAGAGAGUACAAUCUCACAUUCCCCGUAGAUGAACUUGGUAGACAUUUUGCAUAUUCUCAUUACACUAGAAAUUUACCAAAUGGUGACAAUCAAGAUAGAAAAUGGCUAGUGUAUUCAAAAGAUGUGAAUAAAGUAUAUUGCUUUUGUUGUAAAUUAUUUAAAUCAUGUCAAAGUAAAAGUUUGUUGGCAAAUGAAGGAUUGAACGAUUGGAAACAUAUACAUGAUAGACUCAAAACACAUGAGAAUGGUGUCGAGCAUAUUAAUAAUAUGAGAACUUGGAUUGAUUUGCAUAUUAGAUUGAAACGCAAUCAAACAAUUGAUAGAGAUUUACAAUUGCACAUUAAGAAAGAGAAAGAACAUUGGAAACAAGUUUUAGUUAGAAUUAUUGUUGUUGUGAAAUGUCUUGCUACACGUAAUUUGGCUUUUCGUGGGGAUAAUGAGAAAAUUUACCAAAAUAAUAAUGGUAAUUUUUUGGGUUUACUUGAACUAAUUGCAGAAUUUGAUUUGGUAAUGAAAGAGCACUUAAGACGUGUCCAAAAUAAAGAAAUUCACUAUCAUUACCUUAUUCAUAAGAUUCAAAAUGAGUUGAUUUCAACAUUAGCCUCUAAAGUUAAGAAUGAUAUAGUCAAAAAAAUCAAAGAGGCUAAGUAUUAUUCAGUCACUACUAGAAAAACGCUCAUAGAUGACGCUUAA